UCCAUGAUGCUUCCUUCCAACAUGGUGACAACCAUGCUAAUUGAAGGUCUAUUUUCUGGCUUUAUCUGUAUGCACCAUAAACCCACUAUCAUCAUCUUUUUUGUAAUUUCUUUAGUCUUAGGAUUAGCAUCAGUCUCAGGACUAACAAGACUGGUAUCAGGAGUGACCAAAUCAUAGUACUUAUCAAAACUGUCAUAAACCCAGUCUGGAAAAUAAAUUUCACUACUGUGGUCUGCCAUUGCUUUGAAGUUCUUUCUCCCUCCAACGAUUUCUAAUAUCAUCAUUCCGUAGCUAUAAACAUCUGACUUACUGGAUGCAGUCAUAUGGCGUUCUGCUUUCUAUAUACUGCAAAAAUUGAUCAGAUGUAUCAUCCCUAAUUAUUCACCCAAUUUUAAAGCCAACCCAGUGUAAAAAAGUACAGUUAGUCAUAACAAAAUUGUAGUGACCAAAUUGCCUACAUACUUAUUAGUCUAGCUUAUGAGGAACUUGAAUGGCCUCAAGAAGGUGAUCCAACUGAUAGUAGUUGAACCAAAUGAAGAUAGUGUGAAUAAAUUAUUUUAUAUAUUUUAAGAAAAAUCAUAAUAAUCUACUAUACACCAUGCAUCACUAUAUUUAGUUUCUUUCAAAUCAGUUGCCUUAUAACAUAUUAUUUCAAAUGUGCAGAUCAAAGAAGCUGAGCAAACAAGUAAAAAUUUUGAUAUCUUUUAAUAUUUCAGUGUGUAAAUAAAUAAAUAUCUAUCAAUAAAAUAUCUUAGUUUAUCUGCUUCGUUAUAGGCUUUAUGUUGGUGAGUAGCUACAAGUGGGGUCAUGUGCAUGCAUUUUAUAAUGCCCUUGUCACAUGGACCAACAACGGUUAUAUGAUAUCGAUGGAAUUAUUCUGAUAGAAAGUGGAUCUCAUUCCAUGUAUUAGGGUCAGAAGCCAUUUGGAUUCUGAUAACCCAUAAUCCAACUCAUGUGUAAUUGUUAGUCUAUCUUUAAGAACUAGUGAGGCCUUGUUAAUUGGCAGGAUGUAGCAUCAAAUUUAUCUCAACAGUUAGUAUACUUUGUAACCUUGACCGUUUAACUGAAAAUUUUUGCCAUUCCUUUCACACAUCAAAUAAUAUUAGCUGCACAAUCUUUGUUAGUAUCAAAGAAAGGUUUGUGAAUUUAGCCAGAAAAUGUUAUGGUGAUCUCAGAUGGUACGUCUUCUUUAGUACUAAGGUUGUGCCUAUAGUUGAUCAGCGUCUUCUGUUUUUGCAACAUACUACGCCCUUUGUAUAUUGUUGCUCCCUGCUUUAUUGAAUUCUUUAUCAAACCUUCACUUUCCUUGAUGGUUGCUUGCCUCCUAAUUGAAGGGGAAGCAUUGACAAAACUGUUAUUUAAGCUAUUGUUUGUAGAACGGCCAGAGCUUGUGGAUAUUAUAGGGUGACUUUUUAAUUUGGAUAUUUUUAUUCUCUUAAGUUUUUUUUCCUUGUUGAAUAACUUCAUUUUAAUAAUUUUUCCCAUGUCAUGCUUUGCUUUACAACCUAACCAUCCACAAGCAUUGUCAAGCCUUGAUAAGCUUUAGAAAUGUUUGAUGACAACUGUGCGGAUAGUUUAUUUUUGUUCCUUAAUGAAACUUCUCUUCAUGCAGCAACAUGAUGAGUGUUGCUGCAUCAUUCUAUAAGGCAACUUUAGCAGUUACAACAGGGAUAUCUGCGCCCUUCAACAACUUAGUUAUUAUAUACAAGCAACAGAUACUAGGCAACACCUACAUAGCUACACUGCUAGUUCAACCUUUGCUUCCUGCGUGGAUAUUCAAUCAUGAGAAUUGCUGCUUUCUGCUAGUUCAGACUGAUGUUGAUGGUCUUGUCAAUAGAGGGAACACAUUUAAGGAGAUUGGUAGAGUUACUGAAGCAAUUCAGGAUUAUAUACGUGCUGUGAAUAUCAGACCAACUAUGCCUGAAGCCCAUGCAAAUUUGGCUUCAGCUUACAAAGAUAGUUUACAAAUCUCAAGUACUCCAGAGUUGAAAUUGAUGAAGUGCGGUUCGAGUGGUGUAGCAGCCAUUCUUGACAAGCUGCUACUUCAACGUGCUGCAGUUGCUUCUUCAAUGUGUAGAACCUCAUUUAAUUGA